GUUGGUUCCCAUCUGCUGUUUCUUCCGAUUGGAAGUUCAAGGCCAAACUGCUAUGAAGCUCAAAACCCCAGAGCUUGUUGAUCUAGAAAUUGGUGGUCUUCGAAACAUCAGUGUUACUCCAAGAUCGCCCCCAUCUUCAGUUCUUGACACCUGCUCUAUGCUUCCUGAGGCAGGGCUUGUUUUCCUAGAGGGAUGGAAGCUGAGGGGUGACCUGGUAAAAGUAUGAGAAGCAAAGAUAAGUGAACCUCCACAGGGAACGUUAUUUGUUACGUUUAAUGUGACGUUCUCAUCCAAACAGGCUACAGUUGUUGAGCUUCCAGAAAAUAUUACAUUGCCCUCUCAUUCAACAAAUUCAACAAUUUUCCAAGUUAAGGGAGUUGGAAUUGGCCGGGUCACUGUCUUCCUUGAAAACAGCAACAGCAGCAACAAUGUGACCAGCUGAUGGUUUUAUCCUUGUGCUUCAUUUAAUCCUUAUUGUCUUUGGAACAACAGCAGUUUGCAUUCCAUAGUGAAACGUCCCAGGUGCUUCUCUGGAGCAUGAUCUCUGAAUCUGACACUGGGCCAUGUAGAUGGACAUUAGGACAGGGAUCCAAAGGCAAUCCCUGGAGAAAUCUGGCAAGAAUUCAUUUUCUGGUACUGCAGAGCAGUGCUGUGAACAUCCUGAGUCAAGUGAUUGGCUGGAUUUACUUCUUGGCCUGGUCUAUCUCGUUCUACCCUCAAGUGAUAGAAAAUUGGAGACGUAAGAGUGUGGUUGGACUGAAUUUUGAUUUUCUGGCGCUGAAUCUGACUGGUCAUAUUGCAUAUGGAAUGUUUAAUGUCGGUCUCUUCUGGAUUCCUGAUAUUAAGAUUCAGUUUGUGAAGUGUAAUCCAGGAGGGAUAAACCCGGUGGGAGCCAGUGAUGUCUUCUUCAGUCUUCAUGCCGUCUUGCUGACCGUGAUUACGAUCUGUCAGUGUUUUCUGUACGAGAGAGGGGAGCAGAAAGUAUCCAAGGUUGCCACUGUACUUCUAGCAGCUAUCUGGCUGUUUGCUCUCAUCACCCUGUUUGUGACCAUUGCUGACAAAAUCACAUGGCUACAAUAUCUCUACUAUUUCUCUUACAUCAAACUUGUAAUCACACUGAUCAAGUACAUCCCCCAGGCCUGCAUGAACUACCGAAGGAAGAGCACGGUCGGUUGGUCCAUUGGGAACGUGCUGUUAGAUUUUACUGGAGGCAGUUUCAGCAUCAUGCAGAUGUUCUUGCAGUCCUACAAUAACGAUGAAUGGUUGCUGAUUUUUGGAGAUCCAACCAAGUUUGGCCUUGGAGUAUUCUCAAUUUUGUUUGAUAUUCUCUUCAUUGUGCAGCAUUACUGUUUGUACAGACUCAAAUCUGACGGCUACAGCUUAGUGAGCGGGGAUGACUGAUGUUGUUCCUGCAGCACAUGUCAAAACUAGAAACAUAAACACUCAGCUGGUUGGGCAGCAUCUGUGGAGGGAAAUACAGAGUUAAUGUUUCAAGUCAAUGACCUUUCAUCAGAGCCCGGGAAUGUUCGUGAUCAGAGCCCGGAUUUAAACUAAGAAAGGAAGGUGGAAGAUGGCAAACAUUACAUGUAGAUAAAAGAGCAGAGGACGAUGGUGUUGGGGCAAGGAAAGAAACAGAAGGUCAUCCUGGAGGGACAUAAAUAGGAGAGAGUUGCUGUUACCUGAAAUGACAAGUGGAAAGGCUGAAACGAAAAUGGCAGAAGCAAAAUUUACCUGAAAUUGUUGAAUUGUGUAACGUUGGGCAGGCGUAAGGUGCUGUGUAAGGUUGGGCAGGCGUAAGGUGCUGUGUCAGAAGAAGAGGUGCUUUUCCUCACCAGCACCAGAUCCAUGGGUUUGCUCCAACCGGCUUCAUCGGGCAGUCUUCAACUUCAAGACUUUGGUCCAGGUUUGCUCAGAAAUGGUUGUGGUUGAACCUGUCAUUCCGUCGGUCCACGGAGCAUGGUUAUUGAUGUAACUGGAGGUUUCCUCCUUUAGGCUCAAGUUUCCCUUCAGAAGCAGUUGACUUUUGUUUAUUUCUACUGAGCGGCAACCAAUGUUGUCCGUGGAUCAGUGCAGUGCAGAAGCAGACUUUCUGUAAAACCUGGGUGUCAAAACGGAAGGUUUACUCACUAAACCCAGUCUGCACUUUGGUGUUUGGGAGGAAUCCAUGGUUAAAAUGGGUGGGUUGGUACCUUAUUGGGAUGACUUCAGUUGUAUAUGAACUAAUUAUGUUAAGCAAAGGUAGUGGUUGAUGCUGAGCAGGGGGUGGGUUGGGAUUAGAUUCACGGUGCUCGGGCAGAUGUGGAGAAGAGAUUUCUACUGGAUGCACAUUUAAUUUGGAAUCAAUGGUUCCUGACCUCAGCACAUCCUGGUUGAGGGUGGGAUGCUGAAGACCUGAGUGGGGGUUACAAUCCUCCUGAACGGUGAAACAGGCUCGAGGGGCUCCUGAUUUGUAUGUAAAGUUUCCAGAAAAGUAAAUAAAAUGUAUAUUGAACAUUUUACCCUUUGGGCUGCUAGCAAUGCCCAAGGCAGCCCUGAUGACAUUGGAUGGAUGCGGGGAGGUAUUUCGCUGGGCUUAAUCCACUGCAUGUGAUUUGUUCUCAACGGAUGCUAAGGUCUGUCUUCUGUAGUAACUCAGCUUGUUCACACACUGUUAAAUCAGCUGUUAAAUCAGUCUGUGAACAAGUUGAGUUACUACAGAAGAUGCAUCUGAGCCAAUGGAUGUUGCAAUUGUUAUUGUAUUUCGGUUCAAUGCAACAUCCACUGGCUAAAGUCCAGCCCAAACGUUGUCGUCAAAUUUGACGUCAUAGACGUAGUUUGCUGUUCUGAGCUGCACCUGGUGGAGACCUUGCAAAUCUCUGAAACCUUUUCACACCCAGUACAUGACCUCACCAGUAAACGCAUUGCUUCCCAGUCUGUCACUGAUGACAUCUCCCAACAUUAAAUUCUCCAUCCCUGGAAAAUCUGCUUCCACCCUCCUCCCCAAAAUCUCUGCACAUGGCUGGCCUGAGGGGUCCCAUUGUUCCAGCCUAUUCAGACCCCCCUUGACUCUUUUUCCUCUCCAGUUUCAUCCCACUCAUGUUGGCAACACUGAAACCCUCCCCACCUCUCAAUGGUGCCCAGUUUCUGGUCCAGUUGCUUUAAUUUUCUGCAUGAGUGUCCAAUACCCAGAGCUCCAUCUCCCAUCGGGAGAGGCUGAGGGCUUUUCACCUCUUCCCUGGAUGGACAACCGAAUCCCUCUCCUCCACCACCUUCCUACAUCUGCAGAACUUGUCUCCACUCAGUUCCUUCAAAUGAAAGGUGUUGGUCUGUGGACCUCCUCUUGGGAUAUCGAGUCAUACAGCACGGAAACAGGCCAUUCACCCAUCUCGUGCAUUCUGACCAAUGGGCAACUGUCUGUCUUAAUCCCAUCUUCCAGCACUUGACCCACAGCCCUUUAUACCUGGGUGAUUCAGGUAUCAUCUAGACAUUUCUUAGAUGCUGUCAGUGGCUCUGCUUCCACCACUCUGCCCGGCAGUGCGUUCCAGGUACUCACCGCUCUCUGGGUGGUAAAAGGACCCCUCUAAAUUUCUUGCCCCUUAAUCUCAAUCUGUGUCCUCCAGUUUCCCUAUUUCUCUGAUACAGGGAAAAAUUUCUGCAGCCUGCCUUUUCUAUGGCACUAAUAAUCUCAAUCAUGUCCCCUCUUAACCUGUCCAGGGAGAACGGUCCCAGCCUGUCCGGUCUCCAUCCCGGGCAACAUCCUGGUGAAUCCCUCUAAACCCUCUCCAGCGCUAUCCCAUUCUUCCUACAGUGCGGUGACCAGAACUGCACGCAGUCCUCCAGCUGAGGUCUGAUAUGUGGAAUAUUAUUCCAGCCCUCCUUGGAUCCCCAUCCCUUGCCUCUUUUCCCAAUAUGUCCUGGUCCCACUUUCCUGCUCUCGCUGUGAACUGCAACCUUUCAGCAGAUUUCUACCCCUCCCUCCCUUUCAGAGGUUCACCUCUGCCUCUUCCUUUCCCUGUAUCACCUCUGUCUCUGUCUGGAGAUCGACUCCAACCACUCUCCCAGUAAGAUCACUGACUGCUGCAGUUAUUGAACUGGCCUCCAUCCCACACUGCCUUUUGCAGGGACUCAAUUCCACUCCCCCAGUUUUUCUGUGUCCGUGUGUGGUGAUGACCCCAGCUUCUGUCCCGUGCUUCUUUCACACCACUUUCUUCACACACACAUACUGUGCCCACCGAAGUUCACAGGCACCUGAUUAUAUUUGAUUCACUCUCCACCCUUCCAUAACCAUGAGGCUUGUUCCUCACGUUCACAAGAUCACCCUUUGCUCUUUCCAACCCCCAGGGUAUUUACCUCUUCCAGCAUUCUGAAGGCACAAUACCCCGGCUCACUCUCUGUUGCCACCAACAUCCCACUCCUUUGGCACCUCCCAUCCAUCCGUCCUUCCAACAUCAACCAGAGUCCCAAACACUUCCUUGGUGAAUUGGUGACUGGUUGUAUCAGGAGAGACCAGACCCAGAUUGGAUGACCACCUUGUGAUUCUGAACAUCUCCAGUCCCACAGCCGUCUGGUGUCUGAUGCAGUUCGAGCUCCAAGAACAACACCUCAUCUUUCAAAAAGGCACGUUAGUCUUCCGAACUCAAUACAAGUUCAACAGUUCCAGGUAACACUUCUGCUAUGGUUACCUACCAUCCAUCCUUGCACCCACUGCCCCCUUUUGUUCUUUAACCUUUCCCAUUUUCCACCCUUCUGCAUUUUUUGUCCUUUCCUCCCAUCUACCCCACGGUCUGCCGUUUGAUCUAUAAUGUUUUAUACUUCUCAUGAAUGGUCAUUGAUCAGAAACGUUAACCCUGUUUCUCUCUCCACAGAUACUGUGGAGGCUGCCGAUUAUUUCAGUUUUGUUGUUUGUAUUUCAAAUUUACAAAAGUCGGACUAGUUUGUUCUUGUGUGAACAUUUAGGUCUCUGGGUUCAAUGACAGGCCUCAGGCUUCACAAUUUAGUUUGUAAUUCUUAGUGUGUGCCUCUGAUUUUUUUUGUAAGGGGAAAAUUUAUUGCUCAAAUAAUUCCUCUUGCACAUGAAUGCUUUCAUGGUUUGAAAUGUAAUAGUGGGGAAUCAGCGUGGAUCUCCUUCCGUCUGGGGCAGUGAGGCUGGGUUAGUGUCCAGCAGUUCAUGUCAUAUGUCCAGCUUCGGCAGCUUCUUCCUCCUGAGCCAUUUGGAAUGUCUUCACCUCACUGGAAAUCAUUUUAGACUGGUUGCUGCUUCAAAAUGUUAACAUUCAUGCACUUUCUGUAAAUUCUAACAAUGCCCACAAUCUAUCAAGUGAAACAAAUUAAAUCUUUG